AUGUCAACAAAUUAUCCAUACGUAUACCAGAUAUGUUUGGGUAUAUCAUUUAUUUAUUUUAGAAACUUUUUUUUAUGUUAAAUUUAAUUAUUUAUGUUUCGUAUCAUAUUUAAUUAAUUUUUUUAUAAAAUUGCUUUUGACUUUUAUAACGUUUCAAAACUUCAAUUUAGCAUUUGCAAAAUUAUUUUCAGAUAUGGAACAAAUUGGAGAAACACAUACAAAUCUUGUGGGUUUUAAACCACUCACUAUUUUAAUGGAAAUCAUUGGUGGAGUACUAAUAAUUUUGGUUGCAAUUUGGUGUGGUAAAUAUAGAGGUGGCUUUACUUGGAAUUCUAAUCCAGCAUUAGAAUUCAAUUGGCAUCCUCUUUUAAUGGUUAUUGGAUUCGUUUUUUUAUACGCCAAUGGUAUGUUAAUAUAUAGAACACAAAGAAAUACUCGAAAACGAAGACUGAAACUGAUCCAUGCAGGUAUAAUGUUAUUAACUAUAGUAUUAAUUGUAAUUUCUCUUGUGGCUGUGUUUGACAGCCACAAUUUGAUUUCCAAACCAAUUCCAAACAUGUAUAGUCUUCAUAGUUGGAUUGGACUCACUAGUGUAAUUUUAUUUUGUUGUCAGUGGCUUGCUGGCUUUCUGUCUUUCCUAUAUCCAGGAUUACAAGUCUCAUUACGAUCCUCUUACAUGCCAAUUCAUGUGUACUUUGGAAUUACAGGAUUUGUUGGUGUAAUUGCUUCCUGUCUUUUAGGGCUUAAUGAAAAAGCAAUUUUUGUUCUAGGAACUGAUUAUUCAAAACUUGUUGGUGAGGCAGUGUUAAUUAAUAUAAUUGGACUUCUGUUAAUCGUUUUUGGUGGAUUAGCAGUUUAUUUGGUGACACAAGAACAUUAUAAACGUUUCCCUAAACCAGAAGAUGAAGCAUUAGUUGGUGGCAGAACUUAA